AUGAAGUCCUUUGAUGCCUUUGCCCGGCCCGUGCAGGAGUUCCAGGUGAAAACCGCAAUUGGGGGCUACAUCUCGAUAGGUUCCAUUUGUUUAGUAGCUGUGCUGUUCUUUUCCGAGCUGAGCUACUUCUUAACGCUGGACACGAAGGACGAGAUGCUAAUCGACCAGAGUCAGGAGCGAAAAUAUUUAAAUGCGUCCCUUGACAUUUCCUUUUCUGCCUUGCCUUGCUCAGUCUUGAGCGUAAACUUAAUGGACCCCAAGCAGAACAACGUUAUGCACGUGGCCCAUGAAAUCUACAAGACACGUCUAUCAUCGACCGGAGAGGUGAUCGGGAAGCCCAUUCGUAUCGGCCUAGAGAAUGUGGCUAUGACUCCCGCAGACUUGGCGACUGUCUUCCGAGACAUACCCACCAGAGCAAACCACUCCUCUGCGAUUUCACGUUGUCCCUCUUGUUUUCAGAGCCUCUUCGACGAGGAUUCUUGUUGCAACUCGUGCAAAGAAGUCCGAGAGGCCUUCCUGAAUCGAGGAUGGGAUGACAGGCCAGAUGACUACGUGUUUGUGCAGUGCAUCGAAGAGGCUUACCAGCGGACGGCUGCAGAAGCCAACGAGGGUUGCCGCUUGAAAGCGCGACUGCAUGUUCGCAAAGUCCCUGCAACGCUGCAUAUAGGUGUGAGCCAACGCAUCCGACGGGACUUGGUCCGGGCAAGCAGUUUGGCAGAUGUUACUGUCAGUGCUGAUUUCUCGCACCACAUCCACAACCUGUCCUUCGGACCAGACUUCCCUGGCCUUGUGCGGGUGUUGGAUGGCAGGCAGAAGUCAAGCCAUCAGAAGCCAACGUCUGAGCACUAUCAGUAUGAUGUCCAUGUCAUACCCACAAGAUAUCAAGAGGAUGGAUCCGACGAAAUCGCUGGUCACCAGUACAGUGUCACGGAAUACGUCAAGGCUGUGGAUGCCAGAGACCCUGGUCACAAAGUCGGUGCCACAGGUGUGUGGAUGAGUUGUGAUUUCACACCCUUCGAAGUGCGUGUCACAAGAAGCCGAAAGAGCAUGUUCCAUUUCUUUACUGAGUGCUGUGCUAUCCUUGGGGGCAUUUUUGCAUUCUCGGGAAUGUUGGACGGUUUUGCCCAUCAGAUCCACAAAUCGCUCGAGAAUGGAUCGCGGCGGAGUGUGCUGGAGUGA